AUGAAGAGACUAGCAGCUCGCUGCUUUGCUGGCUUGUUAAUUUUAUCCCCACUAACUGUGAUUUCCGAUAGCCGGCCUGCUGAUAGUGGUAAGGCAAUUGAAGACGGUAAUUUGGAAGAAAUGGAAGAGGAGGUCCGUCUUAAAAAACGGAAGAGACGAAGAAAUGUGGAUAAAGAUUCUGGGAAGGAGGAUGGAGAGAAAGCAAAGAAAAGAAGAGGCAGACCUCCUGCAGAGAAACUGUCACCCAACCCACCCAAACUGACAAAACAAAUGAAUGCUAUCAUUGAUACUGUCAUAAACUACAAGGACAGUUCCGGACGGCAGCUGAGUGAAGUCUUCAUUCAGCUCCCAUCUAGGAAAGAGUUACCAGAGUAUUACGAAUUGAUUAGGAAGCCAGUGGACUUCAAAAAGAUAAAGGAAAGGAUUCGCAACCAUAAGUAUCGGAGUCUUGGGGAUUUGGAGAAAGAUGUCAUGUUGCUGUGUCACAAUGCUCAGACAUUCAAUUUGGAGGGAUCACAGAUCUAUGAGGAUUCCAUUGUUCUUCAGUCUGUGUUCAAAAGUGCACGACAGAAGAUUGCCAAGGAGGAGGAGAGCGAGGAUGAAAGCAAUGAUGAUGAAGAUGAGGAAGAAGAGGAGGAAUCAGAGUCAGAAUCAAAAUCGGUGAAAGUCAAAAUCAAGCUAAGCAAGAAGGAUGAAAAAAGUCGGGAGAAAGGAAAAGGCAAGAAGAGGCAGAGCCGAACAAAAGCCAAGCCUGUCGUGAGUGAUGAUGAUAGUGAUGAGGAUCAAGAUGAAAAUGACCAGUCGGAAGCAAGCGGAAGUGAUGAUGAGUGAUCCAUAGGGUUUAUUUUCUUGGCAGAACUGACCCUUUUCCCUUCUCUUCUCCCUUCUCCUAUUUUACACCCAGUGAAUUCAUUUUGUCAAAUAGACAUUGGGUUGUUUCUGUGUUCUCAUUCUCUAUAAAUUAGCUUUAGGAUAGUGCUAGACAAACGUAUG